AUGACUACUGGAGAGAUGACGAUCGCAGAGAUGAAGGCGGCUUACGAGAAAGCCCAAGCCGAACUAGCCCAAGAGAGGGCAUCCAACGAAACCCUCCAGAAAGAGCUCGAAUCUGUAAAGAGCAACAAGCACCAGUCCCGCUACAAAGGUGGGAAGCCAAAAAAGCUAACGUUCGAGAUGCCCGAUGACUUUGAAGACGUGACCGACGAUGAGGAGGAAACCCGUGAGGAAGAAGACAAAGAAGCUCCCGAUCCGGUGACCCAACGCCUGAACAAGAUGGAUGCACGCAUGACAAAGCACUAUUCCCGCCUGAUGAAGUUGAUGACCAGGUUCCCCGGGGCACCUACACCAGUGGAGACCGAGCCGACCGACGGAUAUGCCGCGUCGCCGUUCUGCGAAGCGAUCGCUAGAGUGACGGUUCCGCACACACUCCGGCUCCCAACCUGGACCACCCUGUACGACGGGACAUCCGACCCCUAUAGGCACGUCAACUUCUACAAGCAGCGCAUGUGGCAGAUCGGGAUUCCGCACGACCUAGUGGAACCUGUUAUGUGCAAAUCAUUCGGUGGCACCCUCGAUGGAGCAGCGUUGGAAUGGCUCACGAACGUCCCUCCCAGAUCCAUCUCCUGUCUGUCCGACCUCAUCAACGCCUUCUACCAACAAUUCGCCAGCAGUCGCCAGUUAGAAAAACAAACCAGUGAUCUCUAUCGGUUGGUUCAAGGGCCAACCGAGUCGGUACGCGAUUAUUUCAACCGUUUUAAUUGUGAAAAAAUUGGUAUAAAAAAUUGUGAUGUCAGGACUGCUAUUGAGGCGUUCAAGAGAGGCCUCAUCCCCAAUUCGGAGCUAUACCGGGAAAUAACCAAAUACCCCUGUGCAACUUUCGAAGAGGUGCGAUCAAGGGCCACCGCCCAGAUGCGAAUCGAAGACGACGAGGUUAUCCGAACAGCAUCUCAACGAUCGACGGGGGGCAGCAACGACAGAAGAUCGUACACCCCAAGGAACAACAAUUGGCGACACCAACCGUAUGUUCGGCAAAACCAGGUACAAAGUGUCAAUCAGUAUUAUGAUACUAACAAUGUUUACAGGAACGAGCGGGUCGAACACCCCAACAUCUCCGACUACGGCUUCAACGUCGACAUUGGAGGUGUGGUGAACGCCCUUCAAAAUGUAGGUGGAACAGUCAGAUGGCCCCGGAAGAACGACAGACCGGACUCCAUGAAGGACAUGAGCAAAUGGUGCGACUUCCACCGCGACAACGGACACACAACCGAGGAGUGCAUCUCCCUCCGAAAGGAAGUCGCAUACCUCCUGAAACAGGGGCAUCUAAAGGAACUGUUGAGCGACAAGGGAAAAGAAACAUUUUCCAAAGAGCAAACCACCCUGCCCGGCCCAGCGACAAGCAGCGAGCGACCAGAACCACCACCGUUCAAUAAAGUGGUAAAUGUUAUUUCCGGUGGUUCAGAUAUUUGUGGACUAACCUCUUCUGCAGCUAAAAAAAUUAACAGGGGAGAAUCUGAGACCGUAGAAGAGGGACAAACCGAAGACGAGGUCGCACUACACAGGUCCCUGACCGCAAUGGCUAUUACUUUCGACGAUUCAGAUUCUGUAGAUACACAGCGAGAGCACCACGACGGGUUGGUAAUAUCGCUCCCAAUAGGAAACGCAUUGAUCAAAAGGAUACUGGUCGACAACGGAAGCUCAGCCAACGUACUGUUCUUGGAAGCACUACAAGAAAUGGGAUUAGAAGAGAAAAACAUAGUAAGGAGAUCAACAGUCCUGGUAGGGUUCAGUGGAGAAGCACUACGGACGGUAGGAGAGAUAUCGCUGCCUACAUACGCAGAAGGCGUCAACAUGAUGACCAAGUUCAACGUCGUCGAUUGUCCAUCAGCGUACAACGUCAUCCUAGGACGACCAUGGAUCCACAAAAUGAAGGCAGUGCCAUCAACAUAUCACCAAUCAAUCAAAUUUCCAACCAAGUGGGGGGUCAUGGAAAUCAAAGGGCAGCAAAGGGAUGCGAAGAAAUGUUACGAGACAGCACUGAAACCAUCCAAGUCACCCAUCUAGCAAUUACAGCCAGGGUCGACGUCGGACGACCCCGACGACCAACAAAUCGACGAGAUAGUACUAGACCAGACAAAGCCAGACCAAGUCAUAAGGGUCGGAGCCUCACUGCCUGACAACAUCAAAAGUCAGAUAGUGUCGUUUCUAAGA